AUGUUGCUGGAGUGCUACAAUCAAGAUGUUCCAUAUGGAAUACUUGUAAAUGUCGAGGCUGGAUUUGAAGAUGUGCUGAUGUUGGGUCGAUUUGUCGAGAAACUUUCAAGUGUUGCUGGCUAUCAGCAGGUACGUGUUGACGAAGACAAUUUAUCGGCAAAUACGUCAUGUGGCUCGGAAUACGAGGAUGAAAUUGACGAGGAAAACGAUGACGCCAACCCAGACCUGUCAACUCAAUCUGAAGAUCUUUGUUGGCAAUCUCAGGCAAAAAAGAUGAGUCGCGAUCGUCCAAUCUUGAUGUUUGUCGAAGGCACGACUCGUCUCUCCUUUUUCUUCGGUGCAGGAUAUUUCGAGGUCACCCAUACGCCAAGCGACACCCUCUAUCGAUUUGAAUAUAUCCCGGGUGUGAAUCGCGAGUAUGAAGCACAACCGGAAGACUUCGGCCGCCCAGGAAAGAAAAGAUUCACUUAUCUCGUGCGUAAUGUAAUGUUACAGAGUCCGCACAACCCAAACAAUGUUCAACGUGUGUUGGAGCUGCGAAAUCGCGUGGUGCUUCCUCGUGGCCCGUUUGUGGAUCUCGCCGAGGUCGAUGUGUUCGUGGAUUUGGGCGCUUCUUCGCAUGAUGUUUUCCACUGUGGCAUUGUGCAGGAGAAUUUUACGCCAAUU